GUUGCCAGCAACAAUUGCCAGCUUCACGGAGCUAAACUAAACAUUGGUUGCUAUGUGAUUCUGUGCCGUGAUACUUUUCAGAAGAGCAGAAACGGCAGUAAUGGCAAAAGGAGACAAAAAGAAAAAAGCUGACAAGUCGACGCCUGAGGGGUCUGUCUCUAAAUCGGCGAAUUGUUCCGCUACUAGUGUUGUGUCAGAACCACCACUAGACCAAGCAGCACCCGAAGACGAUUCGGGUCAGAUCACGAACGGCAGUUCAGCCUCCUUGUCUUCCCAACCACCACUCCAUGAAAACCCAGCCUCAAGUUGUGAUGAGUUCUACGACGUGCCUGUUCUCUCUAGCAUCAUUGUCCAAAAGUACGAGGGUGAGAAGAAUCGGGAUCUUUUUCACGGAGAAGGUGUUGCAUAUUUUCAGGGAGGUCACGUGUAUAAGGGUAUGUUUUCAGAGGGAUUCAUGCAUGGACGUGGUACCUACACAUGGGCAGAUGGGGUGAAAUAUGAGGGAGAGUUUGUUUUUAAUAUGCCAACGGGACAUGGAUCAUACUCCUGGGUCGACGGGAGCUGCUAUGAAGGCGAAGUGUGCAAUGGCAUUCGCCACGGUGUGGGAACAUACGAAUGUGCUAGAAAAUCAGUCUCUUACAGAGGGGAGUGGAAUCAGGGAAAAAGACACGGAAAGGGUACAAUAUACUAUAACCCUGAAUUGACAUCAUGGUAUGAAGGAGACUGGGUGAGCAAUAUCAGAGAAGGAUGGGGAGUGCGACGAUACCCCUCUGGAAAUGUGUAUGAAGGCCAUUGGAAGAACAAUGAUAGGCAUGGACAGGGCAGGAUGAAAUGGACAGAGCUUGGUCAGCAAUAUACCGGCCAAUGGGAAAAUGGGCUUCAGCAUGGACAGGGGACACACACCUGGUUCCUGAAGCGAGUCCCCGGCUCACAGUACCCCCUGAGGAAUGAGUACGUUGGGGAGUUUGUGAAGGGUGUGCGCCAUGGACGGGGAAAGUUCUACUACGCUAGUGGUGCGCUCUAUGAUGGGGAAUGGCAGUGCAACAAAAAACACGGCCAGGGGAAGUUUAACUUUAAAAAUGGGCGCAUAUUUGAGGGGGAGUUUCUUGAUGAUCACAUGGCAGAAUUCCCAGAUUUCUCAAUGGAUGGUACCCAGACCCCUGACCUCAGUGGGAUAAGAACUCAAACUCCUCCAUGUGGAAAAGGCGAACAUCCCAGAAGUGGCAAAAGUUUAGGCAGUGGCUCAUCAUUGCUGGGGCCUGACAUAACUUUAGAAAUCCAGUGCUUACUUAAGAAACUCCCUGAGAUGCUAAAAGAUCUAGAGCUCAGACAGGUGGAGUUUGCUGUGCUGAGGCACAUCGCGGAGCUGAGGACAGUCUACAGCUUCUACAGCAGCCUGGGCCAUCCGCAGUCCCCGGACAACACCUUCCUGCUCACCCGCAUGCAGUUCUGGCGCCUGCUGAAGGACUGCAAUAUCCAUCACCACGGGAUCACUCUGGCUCAAGUGGACAGACUCAUCAGCGAAGAUGUACCCCCAGAAGAGGUCCACUCUCCAUUCCGUACUAUGCUGCUUAGAGAGUUUGUCAGCUGUGUUGUGGUCCUCGCUUAUCACAUCUAUCACCGGGAGAUUGAGUCAUCUAAUAAUGUGCUUGUGGCCUGCUUCACCAAGCUAAUGAGAGAGAACAUCAUUCCAAAUGCAAAAAAAGUAAAAGGUGCUUUCCUCUGCAACCCCAUGUGUGCCAUGAUUUCUACAAACUACACUGAGAAAUGCUGGGAGAUAUACCAGAGCCUGUGCACUGGCCUGGAUGGCAGAACCAUGACCAUGAGGCAUUUCGUUUGGCUGUUAAAGGAUCUUCAUCUCUAUGAUGAUGAGCUGACAACAGGGAAAGUUCUGGAAAUCCUUUCUGCAGAGAAUCCCGCAGCUUAUGAUGUGUGUGCCACUAACCUGGAUCUGGAGAUGACAUUCCUGGAGUUCUUUGAGGCUUUGCUGGGCUGUGCACAGGUGAAGAGCUCCCAGUCACUCAGGUCCCGCUGUGAGAGCCUGUCAGAGACCCACAGGCUGGCGGAGAGCGUUAGGAUGUCACUGGGACAGGACUGCAGAGACAGCCCGGUGCUGGCUACGCAGAGGAGCUCGUCUGUGAUGGCGAAGUCUAUGGAGAUGCUGCAGUCGUCCACAUCUGAAGAGAAGUCAGCUGUUAACCUCAAAACUCAAACAGAAGAUGUUGCCAGUGAUUUCGUUCCCCUGCCGGUGGGCUCACCCUCAGUAGAGAUGGAAAGCCGUGAGAGAGAUUCUCAUGGGAACACUGAGGUACAAUCACUGCCAGCAGUGGAUAGACAAACAGCCAGCUCCCCGCAUUCUGCUGUUACAGGGCCUGCUGGAGACGGUGUAGAGGAGGCUGAGAGCGAGCUGGAGCGCUGGAUCUGUGCGUCUCGGAGGUUCUUCGGCGAGGCCCUGUUCCCUGCUUACGAGCGCAGCCUGCUGCUGAAGAGGGAGGGGCAGGAGGAGAGGCUCCGGAGAGCUGCACAGGCCAGGAUCGCCCUGGCCAAGGCCCAGAGAGCAGCCAGACUCAGAGAAAUGUCUGAGGCAGAGGAGGAGCGCCGGAGGGAGGAAGAGGAAGAGGCAGAAAAAGCUGACGCCCAGGAGGACAAGCCCAACCCGCCCCGGUCACCCACGCUCCCCACCCCUGUGGCCUCCGUCACCUCCAUCUCCGAACCUAAGCUGUCCCGUGUUGCCAGUGGGAUCAGGAAGAAGAGGUAGAAAGGUGUAUACCAUGACCCCAUGUCUGUUUUUAUGUCUGCAUACUCAAUUACAAUACAUAAUCAUAACCAAUGUAGCAAUUUUAAAUAUUUUCUAUUGUCCUAUUAUAAAACCUUUAGUCACAGCUUUACUUCAGAUGGCUUUUAGUUCGAGAAGUUAAAGAUUAUACGGCCUCAGGUCAAACUAAGGGCUUAACAAUCAACUCUGAAUUACAAUGACUGACGUAAACUUUAAAAACGGCAUACAAUAUGGUGAAUUGUUACACAAGCUAAAAUUGGAACGUUUGGGAAAAAUUGCACAUGACCCAACUGCUCUUUGUGUUCAUGUUCAAGCCACGUUACAAGAAUUCAGUUUGUUUAAACAAAUCCCUGAAUUAUUACCAAACAAGAUUUUUAUGUGCAGGAACAUGUAGUGAAAGUCCUGCAUUUGUCCUGAAUACCUAGAAUCUUGGAAAUUUGCUUGUUUACUUAUAAUUCAUGGUUGCAAUUAAAUUUUGGCUGCAGCAGUUAGUUAGGUGAAGGUUAGUUAAAAUAAUUUUUGAAGGAUAUGACAGUGUGAAAGUGGUACAGUGAUAUUACAGUGAUUUCAUUCAUAAAAUGACUUCAGUGCAAACACUCCAGAAAAUUCUGCCUUUGUUUAUUUGGAGCAUUUAUGAGAAAAUUGAUUGAAGUAUAAAUUAUUAACGUGCCUGACUGGGGUGCUGAGAGGACAACACUGUUAAAGUCCAUCAUUUCCAAAUGUCAAAAACAGGCUGAUAAAUACAGUCCUCAGAUGGAUAAUAUUACUAGGAAGCAGCUCAUCACCCUGAACGGCUUUAACAGGAAACUAAAGUAGUCUCAGAAGAAUGAGAAAAAGGUUUCAUUUUUCAUUUCAAUGUGAAUUUCAUUUUUCUGAAUUUGGAAGAA